CAAAUUGUUGAUAGACACGCAGAUACUUCAUGUGUCAUACAACCCUGGAGCUGAAAUAAGUUUUUCACCUGUGCAGACACUGAGUCUUGACUGGCUGCACUGUUACCAGGCAACCGACAACCAUUAGGACACAAACACUGGGGCCAAAGACAACCCGAACCAUUCCACAUUAUACUGCAGAUAACGGCAUGAGUCCACUCACACUCUCUGCUGUGAUAGAGAAGCACAUUCGCCACCUGUGUCUCACUGACUUUCCCUGUGGACGUGGCAGCUGGAGGAAGGCGGUGGACAGUGCAGAGGAGACAGAGACAGAGGAGACGGACUCUCUCCUGGAUCUGCUGAUCUGUCCUCACUCUCCAUGGUGGCACGAUGCAUCAUGGAGCCCUCAAGCUCUGACCCUGAGAAAACUGGCCAUGCUCUCACCUGAACACCUGCACACCAACUUCAUUCACAAGCACUUCACUACACUACGCAUCGUGGAUGAGAAUGUGUCGGUCGUCGAUGGCGGCCUGUUGAAGUUCUCAAAGCUGGAGGAGCUGGUGCUGAGUGCCAACAGAAUCUCAGAAAUCCCUGCAGACAACCUCCCCUGCACUUUAAAGAUUUUGGAGCUACGUGCAAACCGGCUGUCUGCUCUGAACAGUCUCACCAGCCCCCCACCCCCCCACCUACAGUACCUGGGCCUCGGCUCAAGCAGUCUUGGUUCCUGUCAAGACAUUGCUAAUCUCUCUGGAAAACACUGGCCACAGCUGGUGUGUCUGGACCUCAGUGACUGUGAGUUUGAGGACCAGAGGGCCCUGCUGAGCGCUCUGACCACUCUCCCCUGCCUCAAGACGCUGGUGCUGGAGGGAAACCCCUUCACCCUCGCGCCCUCGUACCCGGGCUCCACUGUGGACACUCUCCCACGGCUCUCUUGCCUGGACAACUCAUGGAUCACCCCUGAGGAAAGACAUCGCUUUAAGGGCUUGGCCAAGCUGAGCGAUGUGAUUGUGGACCAGGCCUCAGCCACAGUGAGAGUGGGCGGAGUGAUGGGAAUCCCAGACCCGCUGAUGAAUGUGGAUGAAAACGCUCCUGACUUCCCUGUUGUCACCUACAGCUAUUUUAUCACAUACGAGUUCCUUACUCAAGAAACACCUGUUAACCUGAAAGUCGCCAGUGAGUCUAAAUGUGACACAGAUCAUGAGACAGAGGACGGCUCCACUGACGCUGACCCACAAUCAGUCAAGAAUUGUAAAAUAGAGAAGUCGGCACCAGACACUGGAGAAUUGAAUCCCGAGGGAACCUGCUGUGAUAUUGCACAUGUGUCGAGACACAGCACAUCAAAGCAGACCUGGUCAGAGCACAUGGACUUCAGUGACACGCAGGUUCACACUGUCAGUGAUCUGGGAGGCUUGAAGAAAUUCCUCAACCACGGACUUUACCUCAGGGUCGAAGAAGAAAAGGUGCUGUCAUGGCCCGCGAGCUCUGAAGACGUCGCAGUGACCAAACCCAGCCAAUCAGUCAAAGAGAAGAACGGAGGGAAAGAGAGAGAAUGUCCAAUCAAAUCUGGUUCCACCAAAGACAAGUCUAAAGACAAGAAGAAGAAAUCAGUACCAGACCUGGUAAACGACGCCCCCGUCAGGAGAAGCCUCGGCUCCGUCCACGUCCCCCUGCAAAGCCUGUUAAAAGGAGAUCGUAAGGUCGAAAUCCUCUGUGACCUCGGGACCCUGCACGUAGAGUCUGUGGUGGAAGCUGCACCAACGUGCAAAAAGGGCUCAUUCUACGGCAAAGAAAGCAAUUGA